CCGAGGAAGAAAUGUCUCCAAUAUACAGGAUUUCUCAACAUGUCAGCAGGAAUGGACAUUCACGCUUUGGCAGUCACACAUUCGGACAAGGUUUGUUUGCAGAGAGAAGAUCCACGUGUCCACCGUACCGACUGGCCAUAUUGACUCUGGGCCUCUUGAAUGUUGUCCUGCUGCUCGCUGCUGCCGUCAUCGGGAUUUACUGUGCAAAAGCCAGUGACUUUCAGAUUCCUGACUCUGCGUUAACUCCGCUUAUGGUUGAGCUGAACCAUCUCCGCAACAACACUGAGCUCGUCCAGGCUAAAGAAGCGGCCGAGUCAGCUCUGGCCAAGGAGCGAGACGCUCAUCUGCAGCUGAAGAAGCAAAUCAGGGAGAAGCUGGCGAGCACAGACAGCUUUCAGAAGAUCAUCCAAACUCUCGACGAGGAGAGACAAAUUCUCCAGACUAACAAAACUGCUUUAGACGAAAGCUGUGGCCGGUGCCCGCCUGGGUGGCGUCUUCUGAAAUCGCACUGCUAUUUUUACACGUACCAUUCAAUACUGCACGUUUCUCUGAGAAGAAACUGGAACGACAGCCGAGCGGACUGCAUCAGUAAAGGAGGCGACCUGGCCGUGAUGGAUGACCCGGAGGAGCAGGCUCAGGUCGCACAGCUUCUCUCGAAUCCCAACGUGGCGAGGGGACCAAACUGGAGGGAGAGUGGGUUUUGGGUCGGACUCACUAACCGACAGGCAGAUGGGACCUGGGCCUGGAUUAACAGCGGGAAAUCUUUCAAUUCAACACAAUUCGCAUAUCGUGAACCCAGAGUAAAUGGAAGCCAGGGCGAAGACUGUGGGGUCCAUUUUCAAUAUUUUGAACAGAGGUCAUUCCAUCAUGCCGACUGCCAGCAGCAGCUCUUGAGCUGGAUCUGCAGCAUGGAGCCAAAGAGGGUGUGAAACCUCCACCAAAAACCACUGUCUGAUGAUAACACUGACAAUAAUGAGGAUGCUUCAUGAUUACAGGUUUUUGAACAAGGAGCAGUACUUUUACACAAUAGGACUCAAUUAUUAAAGAUUUUUCAGCUCUAUUGUUGCUGUCAUGUCACUUGGAUCUGGAAAGCUACCAGUUGGAAGCUCCCUUUCCCUUGUUGGAAGUGUUCACAGGAGAUGAAUAUACAGU